AUAAUUUUCUUCUUAGAAAAUACUAAUAUAGUAGAAAAAAUUAAGAAAAAGCAUUUCACUUUCCCACUCUAUAAAUAGGAGGAGAUGUCAAAAACCACAACACACCAAAAACACAUUUCUAUAAACUCAGAAACAAACAAAAGAUCAAGAAGAAACAUGGUGAUGAUCAAGACCACAAUGGUUUCCCUUUUUGCUCUAGCGGCGGUUCUCCUAAUGAUUCUAGCCCCGGCGGCAGAAGCCGUGACGUGCUCGCCAAUGCAGCUAAGCCCAUGUGCAACGGCGAUAACGUCGUCUUCUCCACCAUCGGCUUUGUGCUGUGCAAAGCUGAAGGAGCAGAGGCCAUGCUUAUGUGGUUACAUGAGAAACCCUAGCCUCCGUCGCUUCGUCAGCACUCCCAACGCUCGUAAAGUCUCUAAAAGUUGCAAACUCCCCAUCCCAAGGUGUUAAAAAGUCAGAAAAGUGUUUGCUGUUUAUGAUCAUCCUAUAUAUGUUUGAAUCCUACUUUUGGUGUGUGUUUAAGGAUGUUUAUUUAUGACCACUAUAAGUAGUAGAGUUAAAUAAGUAAGUGGUACUCUUGGUGAUGCUUUGUAUGCAUCUUAUUUAAAUUUUUGCUAUCUUAUUCUGGUUGUUGUUGAUAUAUAUAUAUAUACAUGAUGGUGUAAUAACUGAGAUGAUAUAAUAUAUGAAAAUUAUAUUUC